AUGACCGAUGCGCUCAUCCGAAGCGAAGUACUGUUCCCCCUGGGACUGGACUCAGUUGAGUUAUCCCUGUGCCAGACUAUAUCGGUCUUACGGAUACCAGAAGCCAAAGAUGCCGUAGAAGCAAUUGCCAACUUGAAGGCGGCCUUUCCAGUAUUAGAUCGGGUCUACUCCGAGAGUGGCUUCCGCUACGGCCAUGCGGUGAGCAAAUGCCUUUUCUGGUUGGAGACCAGGAGCUCAACAGCGGACGACGAAGAAUUCCAACUGCUUGUCUUUCAGAACAUUAUAACGCCUCCGGUCGAAGAUCUAAGAGACUUUGAAGGGAGAUCUCGUAUUCACUAA